AAAACAAAAGAGAUUUAAAAAAUAAAUAUUUAUUUUUCCUUUUCUCCCAGAAAAAGUGAAUCCAAAUGCAUGAGGCUUCUGUGUUUGGUUGUUCAGAUUUGAUUCUUUCUCUUCACUCUCUUCACACCUUGGAUCUGCGUCCUUUUCCGCCCUCUUUCUGUCAGCUUUCUCCAUAACACCCUUUUCGCUGCUUUGUUCCCUCAAAGAGCUUCACACUCAGCUGAAACCAAGAUCCAAUUUUGACCCUCACCCAUCGUCAUCCAUUUCAAAUCCCUCUCUGGGUCGAUUUUGAUUCCUCCAAAGGUGUUUUCCUCCGAGUGUGUGAAGGUUAUGGUGAUGAAGGAGCGGCAAUGAGGUGGUUUGUGGCAGAGAAAUGGAGGUUAGAUCGGAGGGUGUUCAGGUGAGGUGCGAUAAGCUUCAAGCACCUGUGAUAGCGAGGACACGUUUGCGGGUUUGGUUCAUUCGAGUGUGUUCAAGCAUUGUGAUUUGGACAUGCCUCAUUCAGCUACUUACAGUCACUGAACUGUGGCGUUCCAAUUUCAUUUCUGGAAUUACAAGUCGAAUAUAUCACACUAAUCAGCGUCCUUUCUUAGCAGAAACCACUGUUGCUCAAGCCCCUCCACCUUAUCCACCUGCAAGAAAUUAUACAAGUAAUGGAUUUCUAAGAGUGUCCUGCAAUGGGGGCUUAAAUCAAAUGCGUGCAGCGAUUUGUGACAUGGUAACAAUUGCUCGACUUUUGAAUCUCACAUUGGUUGUUCCAGAGCUAGAUAAGAAAUCUUUUUGGGCAGACCCUAGUAAUUUUGAAGACAUAUUUGAUGUCACACAUUUCAUCGGGUCUCUUAGAGAUGAAGUUCGAAUAGUGAAAAGAGUGCCGAAGAAGUUUAAUACUAAAAAUGGAUAUUCCACCCUUAAGAUGGCUCCUAUUAGCUGGUCCAAUGAAAAAUAUUACUUGGAGCAGAUUCUGCCACACUUUAGCAAGCAUAAGGUGGUACACUUCAACAAAACAGACGCACGCCUAGCAAACAAUGGUCUGCCAUUGGAUCUACAAAAACUUAGGUGUCGUGUUAAUUUCCAGGCUCUUAAAUUCACUCCUGAAAUUGAGACUUUGGGGCAGAAAUUGAUUCGGAUUCUUCGUGAGAAGGGACCUUUUGUGGCAUUGCAUCUGAGAUAUGAGAUGGACAUGUUGGCUUUCUCAGGCUGUACUCAUGGUUGCAGUCAUGAGGAAGCCGAGGAGCUCAAGAGGAUGAGGUAUGCAUUCCCUUGGUGGAGAGAAAAGGAGAUAGUGUCUGAAGAGAGGAGAUUGCAGGGUCAAUGUCCCUUAACACCAGAGGAGACAGCCUUAGUUCUCCAAGCCUUAGGUUUUGAUAGAGACAUGCAGAUCUACAUUGCUGCUGGUGAGAUCUAUGGUGGCGAGCAUAGACUUGCACAACUGAGAGCUGCAUUUCCAAAAAUUUUAAAAAAAGAAAUGAUGCUGGCCCAUGAUGAGUUGUGGCAGUUCCAAAAUCAUUCAUCACAGAUGGCAGCUUUGGAUUUUAUGGUUUCAGUAGCCAGUAACGCCUUCAUUCCUACCUAUGAUGGGAACAUGGCAAAACUUGUUGAAGGCCAUCGCAGGUAUGUGCACAUAUUUUUGCUAAUCACAAUUUGAUUUCAUAUAGAAGGC